GAUGGCUCGUUUUGGAGAGGCGGUGGCUGGCAGACAGGGGUCAGGAGAUGCAGGAUCCGAGAGGAGUAAGACCUUGCAAGGGUCCCCGGCUGCACCUGUGGGGACUCAGGCUGCCUUCAAACAAUCCAAAGCCCAAAGAGCUCGGACCAUGGCUUUAUACAACCCCAUACCAGUUCGGCAGAAUUGCUUUACCGUCAAUAGAUCGCUUUUCAUCUUUGGAGAAGAUAACAUAGUCAGGAAAUAUGCCAAAAAAGUCAUCGAUUGGCCUCCAUUUGAAUAUAUGAUUCUUGCAACGAUUAUCGCAAACUGUAUUGUUCUGGCUUUGGAGCAACAUCUACCCGGAGACGACAAAACACCCAUGUCCCGCAGAUUGGAAAAGACGGAACCUUAUUUCAUCGGAAUAUUUUGCUUUGAAGCUGGAAUUAAGAUUGUAGCUUUGGGAUUGGUCUUUCACAAAGGAUCUUACCUUCGAAAUGGAUGGAACGUCAUGGACUUUAUUGUAGUGCUCAGUGGAAUCCUGGCCACAGCUGGAACUCACUUUAAUACUCAUGUGGAUCUGCGAACGCUGCGGGCAGUGCGUGUCCUUAGGCCUCUGAAGCUGGUCUCUGGGAUUCCAAGUUUACAGAUUGUAUUGAAGUCUAUAAUGAAGGCCAUGGUUCCCCUGCUUCAGAUUGGGCUGCUACUUUUCUUUGCCAUCCUCAUGUUUGCAAUCAUUGGCCUUGAGUUUUACAGUGGAAAACUUCACAAGGCCUGUUAUGGAAAUUACUCUGGGGAGUACGAUAUAAUAGACCCCCCACAUCCCUGCGGAGUACCUCCCUGUCCUUCUGGGUAUAAGUGCAGGGAAUGGAUUGGACCUAACGAUGGAAUAACUCAGUUCGACAACAUUCUAUUUGCGGUGCUGACUGUCUUCCAAUGUAUAACCAUGGAGGGCUGGACAACAGUGCUGUACAAUACCAAUGAUGCCUUAGGAGCCACCUGGAACUGGCUAUACUUCAUUCCUCUCAUCAUCAUCGGAUCCUUCUUUGUCCUUAACCUUGUCCUGGGAGUGCUGUCUGGGGAAUUUGCCAAAGAGAGAGAGCGCGUGGAGAACCGGCGAGCCUUUAUGAAGUUGAGGCGGCAGCAGCAGAUCGAGAGGGAGUUGAAUGGGUAUCGAGCAUGGAUAGACAAAGCGGAAGAAGUCAUGUUAGCAGAAGAAAACAAAAAUUCUGGGACUUCCGCAUUAGAAGUUCUUCGGAGAGCAACAAUUAAACGUAGUAGAACAGAAGCCAUGAACCGCGAAUCCAGUGAGGACCAUUGUGUAGAUAUGACCUCUGUUGGCACACCCCUUGCCAGAGCCAGCAUCAAGAGUGCCAAAAUGGAUGGUGCUUCAUAUUUCCGUCACAAAGAAAGACUACUUCGUAUUUCCAUCCGUCACAUGAUCAAAUCCCAAGCAUUCUACUGGAUGGUACUGGGUGUGGUGGCUCUUAAUACUGCCUGCGUGGCUAUAGUUCACCAUAACCAGGUCACCUGGCUCUCAAACCUUCUUUACUAUGCAGAGUUUCUGUUCCUUGGCCUUUUCUUGGUGGAGAUGGCUUUUAAAAUGUAUGGAAUGGGCCCUCGUCUGUAUUUUCAUUCUUCCUUUAACUGCUUUGAUUGUGGGGUUACAGUGGGGAGUAUAUUUGAAGUGAUUUGGGCUAUAUUUAGACCUGGAACUUCCUUUGGAAUCAGUGUCCUGAGAGCUCUCCGGCUCCUGAGAAUAUUUAAAAUAACAAAAUAUUGGGCUUCUCUAAGAAAUCUAGUUGUCUCAUUGAUGAAUUCCAUGAAGUCCAUCAUCAGUCUACUCUUCCUGCUCUUCCUCUUCAUUGUUGUUUUUGCCCUUCUUGGAAUGCAACUGUAUGGCGGCAGAUUUAACUUUAACGAUGGCACCCCUUCAGCAAACUUUGACACGUUCCCUGCAGCCGUCAUGACUGUGUUCCAGAUUCUUACAGGAGAAGACUGGAAUGAAGUGAUGUACAACGGGAUUCGAUCUCAGGGUGGGGUCCGGUCUGGAAUGUGGUCUUCCAUUUAUUUUAUCAUCCUCACUCUUUUUGGAAACUACACACUUCUGAAUGUCUUUCUUGCCAUUGCGGUGGACAAUCUGGCAAACGCACAGGAGCUAACAAAGGAUGAGCAAGAGGAGGAGGAGGCAUUUAAUCAGAAACAUGCCCUACAGAAGGCCAAGGAAGUGAGCCCUAUGUCUGCCCCGAAUGCAUCAUCUAUGGAAAAAGAUAGAAGAAAACGCCAUACCAUGUCCAUCUGGGAGCAGCGAACAAGCCAGUUACGGAGACAUAUACAGAUGUCCAGUCAAGAGGCAAUUCAGAGCGAAGAACUGACUGCUCUAAAUCCUCAUUCUAGUAUUUACCGCAAGAACAAACUGGCUGAAGAACAAACGGCUGAGAAGACAGAAGGACCAGAAGAGGAUAAGCCAUCUGUAAAAGCAGGGGAAACUCUCAUGGAAGGAGAAGAAAGCCCCUCUCACAAAAAUCUCAGGGAACAGUGGCGUCAGAAAUCCAAGCAUGGUAAUACAGAAAAUACAGAACCAAAUGGAACCACACCUGAAGAUGGCAUACGUAGAAGGCAAAGUCAGAGACGUAGCCGUCACAAAAAAGCCAGAGCUGAUGGUCGAGAGCAGUCUAGUGCCUCAAACAGCACGUCAGUCAGUCAAGAAGGUGGACUUGACAAAGCAACUAGCGAGGAUGGAAAAACCACAGCAGAAGAGAAGAGUAAUGGAGAUAUCAAAGAGGUUCGAGUAACAGAAGAGUCCCCACAAAAGAGUUGCCCAUCCUCAAGAUACUGUGAGGAAAGAAAAAAUGAUAAAACAACUACAUGUGAAGGAACUACCCCAAAUACAGUUCAGGGGCUGAGUCAAGGAAAAAAUGGCAGCCCUCCAGAUCUAGACUACAGUGAGCAGGCUUUGUUGGGUAGUCUACAAAGCCAGGAAGAAAGUCCGAAUCCCACCAGCUGCAGUUUAGCAGAUGUGUCCAGCAGCAACGAGCGGAUAACAGAGAGCACCGUAAUCACUUUACCUGAUGUUGGCAUGACGGGCGACUGCACCGUGGUACAGAUGUCUGAAGGGAAAGAUGGUGAAGUCACUCUUAUGUCUCAAGAAAAAGAGAAAGAGGAGGAUGAUCUUGACGAAGUAGAAGAAAAAAACGUGAAGAUAAAACUGAAGAUCUUGGAGUCGCCCAAGGCCAUAGUACCAUACAGCUCAAUGCUUAUAUUCAGCUCUACCAACCCGAUAAGGAAAGUCUGUCAUUACAUUGUGAAUUUGAGAUACUUUGAGAUGUGCAUUCUACUGGUAAUUGCAGCAAGCAGUAUAGCUCUGGCAGCGGAAGAUCCUGUGCUGACGAAUUCAGACCGUAACAAAGUUCUUCGUUACUUUGACUAUGUUUUUACUGGUGUCUUCACAUUUGAGAUGGUUAUAAAGAUGAUCGAUCAGGGAUUGAUCCUACACGAAGGUUCAUAUUUCCGUGACCUCUGGAACAUCUUGGAUUUUGUGGUGGUGGUGGGUGCACUGGUCGCGUUUGCUCUGGCGAAUGUUUUGGGGACUAACAAAGGCCGGGACAUUAAAACCAUUAAAUCUUUACGUGUCCUGCGAGUGUUACGGCCACUGAAAACUAUUAAACGACUUCCAAAGUUGAAGGCAGUCUUCGAUUGCGUGGUUAAUUCUUUGAAGAACGUCUUUAAUAUCCUCAUCGUUUAUAAACUUUUCAUGUUCAUAUUUGCCGUCAUCGCUGUUCAACUCUUCAAGGGCAAAUUCUUCUACUGCACGGACAGUUCUAAGGACACGGAAAAAGAAUGCAUUGGUAGUUUUAUCGACCAUGAGAAGAACAAAAUGGAGGUCAAACGUCGAGAAUGGAAACGCCAUGAAUUCCAUUAUGACAACAUAAUCUGGGCUCUGCUUACUCUCUUCACUGUUUCCACUGGUGAAGGUUGGCCUCAGGUCCUUCAACAUUCCGUUGAUGUGACAGAAGAAGAUCGUGGUCCUAGUCGAAGCAACAGGAUGGAGAUGUCCAUCUUCUAUGUUGUCUACUUUGUAGUCUUCCCGUUCUUUUUUGUUAACAUCUUUGUGGCUUUGAUCAUCAUCACAUUCCAGGAGCAAGGAGAUAAAAUGAUGGAGGAAUGCUCUCUGGAGAAAAAUGAGAGAGCCUGCAUAGACUUUGCUAUCAGUGCCAAACCGCUGACCCGCUACAUGCCACAGAACCGCCACACUUUUCAGUAUCGUGUAUGGCACUUUGUUGUUUCUCCAUCAUUUGAAUACACUAUUAUGGCUAUGAUUGCUCUUAAUACUGUGGUGUUAAUGAUGAAGUAUUAUUCCGCUCCAUACACGUAUGAACUGGCAUUAAAAUAUUUGAAUAUCGCCUUCACCAUGCUCUUUUCAUUGGAAUGCAUCCUCAAAAUUAUUGCAUUUGGAUUUUUGAACUAUUUUCGGGACACGUGGAAUAUUUUUGACUUCAUUACUGUAAUUGGAAGUAUCACAGAAAUCAUUCUUACAGAUAGCAAGUUGGUGAACACAAGUAGCUUUAACAUGAGCUUCCUAAAGUUGUUCCGAGCCGCUCGACUCAUUAAGCUUCUUCGGCAGGGAUAUACCAUCCGCAUCCUCCUGUGGACCUUUGUCCAGUCAUUUAAGGCCCUUCCAUAUGUCUGCCUUCUGAUUGCCAUGCUGUUUUUCAUCUAUGCUAUCAUUGGAAUGCAGGUGUUUGGUAACAUUCGUUUGGAAGAAGACAGCCACAUUAAUAGACACAACAACUUCAGGAGUUUCUUCGGUUCCCUUAUGCUGCUAUUCAGGAGUGCCACAGGUGAAGCGUGGCAGGAGAUCAUGCUAUCGUGUCUUGGUGAUAAAGGUUGUGAGCCGGACACCAGCGCGGCCUCCGGACACAAUGAGAAUGAGCGUUGUGGAACUGAUCUAGCCUAUGUCUAUUUUGUUUCUUUCAUUUUCUUCUGCUCUUUCUUGAUGCUGAACCUCUUCGUUGCUGUUAUCAUGGACAACUUUGAGUAUUUAACAAGAGACUCCUCCAUCUUGGGGCCUCAUCAUCUGGACGAAUUUGUCCGUAUCUGGGCUGAAUAUGACAGAGCAGCAUGUGGCAGGCUCCACUAUAAGGAUAUGUACAAAUUAGUACGAGUCAUCUCGCCUCCGUUGGGCCUAGGAGAGAACUGCCCCUACAGGGUGGCAUGCAAGAGAUUGGUCCUGAUGAAUAUGCCAGUAACGGAAGACAUGACUGUACAUUUCACUUCCACCCUCAUGGCUCUAAUUCGCACAGCGCUGGAUAUCAAAAUAGCUAAAGGCGGUGCUGAUAGACAGCAGCUGGACUCAGAGCUACAGUCAGAAAUACUAGCAAUCUGGCCUAAUCUGUCACAGAAGAUGUUGGAUCUCCUUGUCCCAAUGCCUAGAGCAACUGACUUGACGGUGGGGAAGAUUUAUGCUGCUAUGAUGAUCAUGGACUAUUAUAAGCAGAGUAAAGCUAAAAAGCAAAGACAACAGCUGGAGGAACAGAAAAAUGCUCCAAUGUUCCAGCGGAUGGAAGCCUCAUCCCUGCCUGAAGAGAUUCUGUCCAAUGCCAAAGCUUUACCCUACCUCCAGCAGGACCCGCUAUCAGGACUGGGUGGGUUCCCUUCAUUGAGUCCACUGUCCCCAGAGGAGAUAUUCCAGCCAGUCUGUCUGGAACAGGAUGAUGAAGAAUUUGAGGAGCAGUUAUCUCUGGAACCUGAGGUUAGAGAGUUUAGCAGGGAGCAGCUCCCUAAUCGAGGCAGCUACAUCCCAGUGGAGAUGCUGGAACGCCCAGCGUCUGCGAGAGCUUCCUCCAUGCCACGUCUUGCCGUGCACCCCCAGGUUUUGUCAGAUGUCACCUCCAUGCGUCGCUCUUUCUCCACAACCGCUGACAAACGUGUACGCAGCUCUUGGCUAGAAGAUUUCUCGCUGGACAGGAGUGCAGCAGACAAUGGAUAUAGACAACAGCGCCGCAGUUAUCAUGCAUCUCUGAGACUGUCUACUCAUCGCCUCAACACAGAUACAGCGCAUCGAUCAGACAGUCAUCGGGCUGGGGGAAGGGAGAGAGGUCGCUCGAAGGAGAGAAAACACCUUCUAUCACCCGACCCAUCACGGUGUAACUCUGAGGAGCGAAGUCCGCAAGCUGCGUCUGAGCAUAUGGAUCACCAGUUGUCUCCUGGGCACAACCACAGCAGCAUUAAGAUUCUUGACACUUUGAGUGAAAGCUGUACCCCCUCAGAUACCAGCACCCCAAGAAAAGGACGUCGACAGCUUCCCUCUGUGCCUGCAACUCCAAGGCCAUUAAUUUCCUUCUCUUCAUUGAUUCGUAGAUCGAAACACAGCUCUCCUCCUCUUAACGGUGGUGACACCACUCCACCACUACCCAGUGAGCCUGGUCUGAGUGAGUCUUCCUGCUCCCUUCAAGGGCACCAGAGCUCUCAGUCCACACCCCAGCACUAUAUUUCAGAGCCAUAUCUGGCACUGCAUGAGGAGAUGCAAAGCUCAGACUGCCCAUCAGAGGACACACUCACAUUUGAGGUUGCUGUGGCUACCAGCUUGGGUCGCUCUAACACCAUUGGCUCUGCCCCUCCAAUGCGCCACGGCUGGCAGAUGCCGAAUGGCCACUAUCGGCGCAGGAGAAAAGGAGGGGUGCCACCUGUGAUUGCCUCUCGUGAGCUGAGUGACACAGAAGAGGAUGAUAGAUGUUAGUGUUGGGGAUAAAGUUUGCAUGCUGUACAACAGCAGGUAUUGUUCAAAUGGCCCCUCCAAUCUAUCAGUGAGCUUCUUCCAGAGGAGUCCCACAGCACUCACUGCCAGCCCCCUAACCAAAACCGCAAGACGUGAGGCGAGACCAAUGCAAUGCCUCAUGAGCGACUGAAGCCUAUAUUUUAAAAUAUUGUGCCAAAAAAAUCUAAAUGAAACUGUGGGGAAAUAAGCGUGAGUCUUUGGAGGGAUUGUAUAUGGUAUAUGUCCCAUUUAUAGGACUGAAGGACGUAGGGACAUCUUUAAAUGAUAGGUCUUCAAAGGUUGUUUGGGACAUUGCCUUGAAUACGGGUUGAUCAUUGAUAAAUAUCCUACUAUUGCUUGCAACUAUUAGUAUGUUUUGGGAUAUUGAUUGAUUAGCAGAUAUAUGCAAUCAAUCUUUUUGAUCACUCUGUAAGAAAAUAAAUGUUUAAUGGCAUAUUGCUUGGUGAUUAACAAAAAUUUGGGAAAUGAGCUUGUAAAUCUACAUACUUGGUGGACAGAUGUCAAGUUAUGAUGUAUUGGACAAUUCAGAGGAAUGAAAGAUGUCUUGUCUCGUGGUCUUUAUAAAAAUGAAAUGCAGUUAUGUAGAUUGGUCAACAAGAAUCUGUAGCUUCAUGUUAAGUGCUAUCCCUGAGCCCUCACAAACUUGUUUUUCAUGCAAGGUGACAAAGACUUUUUCUUAUAUAUUUAACCCAGAAACAGAACAAAGUCCUAAAUCUGUGAAA